GCCAACCAUCAGCAGGCUGUAGCAGAAAGGGAGCGACCAUAGACAUAUGUCUGUGUGAGCGACCAUCCUGUGUUUCCCUGCACCAUAAAGGAUAGACUGUAUUUUUCUUGGUAUAUUUAGCAUAGUUGGAUUCACCGAGAAUGUCUUCACUAACAUCCGCGUGUCUCUGCUGGAUUCUGCUGUCCGUCGUAGUUUUGGCCUCUGACGAGCAAAAAGCUGAGUCUGGACAGAAUGUCGUUCUGCCAUGUCAAGCUCCAAAAGGCAAAACCAUUGUAAUAUUAAAGUGGAGUAGAGCUGACCUGGAAGAAAAAUAUGUGCUUUUAUUCCGGGAUGAUCAGUUUGAUACAGAUCCAUCCUUUAAGAACCGGGUGGAUCUGCGGGACAGACAGAUGAAGGAUGGAGACGUGUCUUUGAUCCUGAAGGAUGUGACGACUGCUGAUGAUGGAGAGUACCAGUGUCAGGUCUUAGUGGGAGACGGAAGCUCAUGGAAGCGCAGCGUCAUCACCCUGAGAGUUGAUCCUCCAGGUUCAGGAGGAGGAUCUGUUGGACUGAUCGUCGGUCUGUCAGUUCUUGCUGUGCUGCUUGUUGUUGCUGUUGUUGGUUUUGUGAUCUACAGGAAAUGUAAACAGAGUCAGGAUUCAUAUUAAUGUCCCGAUGAACAUCAGCAGGUUUCAAAUGCCAGAUUUUUCCAGAUGAACUUUGAAUCUAUUGCUGAUGUUCCAAGGUCUCAUUUGUCCCUGAACAUUCAAGGGAAAGACAUUAAAACCAUAUUUAAUAACUGACAUCAGUGAACAACAUAAAGAAACAGAUAAUUCAGAUGCUUUAAAAGUAAAGUCUAAUUUAUGUGACGCUUCAUAUUAACAGUCUGCAUUCCGGUCUUUAAGUCUGACGUCAUAUCCAGGUCCAAAUGCUCCUAAAUAAACAGCAACGGCAUAACCAAUGACUGUUCACCGUUAAAGAUGAUUGUACACCUUAUCAACUGCAGCCAUUUCUGC